AUGGCGACGCUGGCGUACGAGGUGCGCCGGCGUGAUCCGGAGCUCGUCGGCCCGGCUUCCGAGACACCCCAGGAGACGAAGAGCAUGUCGGAUCUGGACAGCAUGGACGUUAUGCGCAGCCAGGCGUCGACAGCCCUAUUUUACCGUGGCGGAGAGGGAGAGGACGGAGCGGACCCGGCGGGCGUGAUCCGACGCGCGCUGGGCGAGGCGCUGGUGCACUACUACCCGCUGGCCGGUCGGUUGAGGGAGAUCGAGGGUCGGAAACUGGUGGUGGACUGCACCGGCGAGGGGGUGCUGUUCGUGGAGGCCGACGCCGACGUCAAGCUGGCAGAUCUGGAGGCCGCGGGGCUCAGGCCGCCGUUCCCUUGCAUGGACCAGCUGCUCUUCGACGUGGAGGGCUCCAACGGCAUUCUUAACUGUCCAUUGCUGCUCGUUCAGGUAACGCGUCUACUGUGCGGUGGCUUCGUAUUGGCGCUCAGAUGCAACCACGCCAUGUGUGACGCAAUUGGCAUCGCCCAGUUCAUCAACGCCGUCAGCGAGCUCGCCCGCGGCCUCCCGACCAUUACCGUCAAGCCCGUGUGGUGCCGCGAGCUGAUCCUGACACGUGACCCGGUUGUGCCGCGGCCAUCCGUUCCACGCACCAAGCCCAACGUGCUCCCACCGCCCAUGGUGGAACGUUCCUUCACAUUCCGCGCAUCGGAUGUGGUGGCGAUGAAGAAAUCCCUCCCUUUACCCCUCUGUGACACCGCCACCUCCUUCGAAAUCCUCGCCGCGUUCCUCUGGCGUGCUCGCACCACGGCGCUUGACAUCUCGCCGGGAGACAUUGCUCCGCUGGUUAUAGGCGUCAACUUCAGGGGCGACGCCAGGUUGAGCCUUCCUGUGGGGUACUACGGCAAUGCGGUCACAACAUCGACGGUACUGGCCGACGCUGCCGUUCUGCGCAGCGGCUCGCUCGGCGAGGCUGUGGCGCUGGUGCGCCAGGGCAAGGCCGUGGGGGCCACGGAACACUUUCGUUCCAUGGCCAACGGGACGGAGGUGCGCGGAUCGCGCACCUUCAAUCCGGCCAACUUGUUUGCGGUUUCCGACACCCGGAAUAUCGGGUUUCAUCGCAUGGACUUCGGGUGGGGCGAGCCGGUGUUCGCUGGCCCAAUAACCACUUUCUUCCCCAUGUGCUACUUCAUCCGUGUUAAGGAUCGUGAUGGGGAGGACGCAUAUGUCAUGCCGCUCAUGCUGCCGCAGCCGCAGCCGGCAAUGGAUCGAUUCGCAGCUGAGGUGAAGAGGUCAUUGCUUGAAGAUGCUAAGCACAUGUAA